AUGGAUAAGUCAUUAUCUACGCCGGACAUUUCUAGCCGAGAAAACGCAAGUACACCUCCUAAUUUUGUCUCGCAACGGAAUAAAAGAAGGAGAGAGUUUGAGACGGAUGAUAUGGAUUUGGCGUUCAGUUCAUUUAAGGAAGAAAUGAAGGAAAUGAUCAAGACGCUGAUGGAAGGACAAGAAAUUGAACUUAAGAAAAUCACCCCGACACUCAUGGAAAUAAAGGAAACUAACUGUAACAUUGAAAACUCUAUAGCAUUCCUAACUGCUCAAAACGAUGAGUUUAAAAAGAAAAUUGAGCAAAUUGAAUUACAAUCUAGAAAGGAUAAAGAGUAUAUUACUUUACUUGAAGAAAAACUUGAAGAUAUGCAACGUGGGAGUCGAAAGGCAAAUAUAGAAAUUAAAAACGUUCCAAAAUCCAACAAAGAAACUAAAGAUGAAUUAAUAAAUAUGGUUAUGAGUCUGGCCAAAAACAUAGACUGUAAAAUUACGAAAACAGAUAUCAGAGAUAUUUAUAGAGUACAAGGAAAGAAAGAUGCUAAGACUAACACACCAAUUAUAGUUGAGACUUCUUCUACUAUUUUGAAGACUGAUAUACUGAAGCUGAGCAAGACUUACAACUACAAACAAAAACAGAAAUUAUGUGCCAAACAUCUAGGCAUCACUAAAAAUGAAGAUACUCCUAUAUAUGUAUCUGAACAAUUAACCGCAAGAGGUUCUCGCCUUUUCUUUCUCGCAAGAGAUCUUGCUAAAUCAAAAGGAUAUAAGUUCAGCUGGACUUCUUAUGGAAAAAUUUACGUGAGGCAGGACGAACACUCACCAAUAAUUGCAAUCAAAAGUGAAGCUCAAGUUAACAAUCUUAUGCAAAAAAAGUGA